AUGCUACAACCAGCUGGAAUACUUCUUUUAAUAAUCCUAUCCUGGUCGACUGUUGAAGCGGCUAAGAAUGGCACGUGUUUCGCUCGUGGAAAACCAGCGAAGAUCCAGGAAGUGCCAUGGAUAGCUUCGAUUCAGUCUAAUGAUAAGCACAUGUGCAGCGGCGCUAUCAUCAAUCCAAAGUUCGUACUAAUCAUUGGAACUUGCUUGACAAACCUUAGCUUAACCACUGUCAAGGUGCGCGUUGGCAAAGCCGAUCGAGACUCUGGAUCUAAUGCUGGGGUCUGCAAUGAAAUCAUCCAUACGCGGAACCCGAAGUAUCCUAGGGAUGACAAUCUUUCCUUGCUGAAACUCUGCGAACCUCUUAAAAUCUCUGCCGAGGUCAAGGCCAUCGAGAUAAUCGACAAGCAGCCCCAGAAGGGUGCCAAAGGCUCAGUUUCCGGAUGGGGUUCCCUCACCAAGUGGCGAUAUAACUUAAAAGACUGCUGGGCCGAGCAUUCUAAGGUCCUGCGAAAAACUGAUGUCCAGCUCAAAGAUAUCAAGGAAUGCGCCACUAUACGAAAAAACAUUUUUACCACCACGAGUGUUUCGGAUGUUAACAUUUGCAGUGAGAAGUUGGAAUUCACUUGCUCCUAUGAUGCGGGAUCUCCUCUGGUCAUCGAUGGCAAGCUGGCGGGCAUAAUAACCGCCGGAUCUUGCAUUAGGAGGCCCGAAAUCUAUGCCAGUUUGUACAAUUACAGAAAAUGGAUAGAAACCAGUACAAAGGACAAGUAA